GUUCUUCGCUAGGAGUAAAUAAACACUACAUUGCCCGGCAUGCUUUGCAGGGAAAAUUCUUGACUUCCGCUAAGUAGCCGGCAACGUGUGUGACAGGGAGGACUGCAGCCAGCAAGUGUGAUCGGCCUGUGCUGUCCGGGACCAUGACGGAGCGAAAGGGUACGGCUAAGGUGGACUUCCUAAAGAAAAUUGAAAAAGAUAUUCAAGCACAAUGGGAGAGUCAAAAGGUUUUUGAAGUCGAUGCUUCUGAUAACCAGAAUAGCAAAGGCAAGUACCUUGUGACUUUUCCUUAUCCUUACAUGAAUGGACGUCUUCACCUGGGCCAUACAUUCUCCCUAUCUAAAUGUGAGUUUUCUGUAGGUUUCCAGAGACUGAAAGGCAAGAAAUGUCUGUUCCCCUUUGGACUUCAUUGUACUGGCAUGCCCAUCAAAGCAUGUGCAGAUAAGCUAAAGAGAGAAAUGGAGUUAUAUGGCUGCCCACCACAGUUUCCUGAGGAGGAGGAAGAGGAUGAAGAGCCAUUGUCUAAAAAAGAUGAUGAACUGAUUAUCAAGGAUAAAUCGAAGGGAAAAAAGAGUAAAGCUGCAGCAAAAAGUGGCACUUCAAAGUACCAGUGGGGGAUUAUGAAGUCUCUGGGCCUGUCAGAUGAAGAGAUAGUAAGCUUUUCUGAGGCUGAGCAUUGGCUUGAAUAUUUCCCUCCUUUGACUAUAGAAGAUCUUAAAUCUAUGGGGUUAAAGGUCGACUGGCGUCGUUCCUUCAUUACCACCGAUGUCAAUCCAUAUUACGAUUCCUUUGUAAAAUGGCAAUAUUUAACCUUGAAAGAGAGGAACAAGAUCAAAUUUGGCAAACGGUACACCAUCUAUUCUCCUCGGGAUGGUCAGCCAUGCAUGGAUCAUGACAGACAGACUGGAGAGGGUGUGGGACCGCAAGAAUACAUCCUUAUCAAAAUGAAGAUCCUGGAACCUUAUCCAGUGAAACUGAGUGGUCUGAAAGGAAGGAAUGUGUUCUUAGUCGCUGCCACUUUGCGCCCGGAAACCAUGUUUGGACAGACCAACUGCUGGCUGCGACCUGACAUGCCCUACAUCGCAUUUGAAACAGCCAAUGGUGAUAUAUUUGUCUGCACUCAAAGAGCAGCCAGGAACAUGUCAUACCAAGGUUUCACUAAAGACAAUGGUGUUGUACCAGUGGUCAAGGAGCUUAUGGGAGAGGACCUUCUAGGAGCUGCUUUGUCUGCACCACUGACUUCCUACAAAGUGAUAUAUGCCCUCCCCAUGCUCACCAUCAAAGAGGAAAAAGGCACUGGGGUGGUGACCAGCGUCCCUUCUGAUUCUCCAGAUGACAUUGCAGCUUUACGAGACCUGAAGAAAAAACAAGCAUUGAGAGUGAAGUAUGGGAUUAAAGAUGAAAUGGUUUUGCCCUUUGAACCUGUACCCAUCAUAGACAUCCCUGGAUUUGGGAAUCUCUCUGCUUCUUUUAUCUGUGAUGAGCUGAAAAUCCAGAGCCAGAAUGACCGGGAAAAGUUAGCAGAAGCGAAAGAAAAAGUUUACUUGAAAGGAUUUUAUGAGGGGGUAAUGCUUGUUCCUGGCUAUGAGGGCAAGAAGGUACAAGAUGUGAAAAAGGUCAUCCAGAAGAUGAUGAUUGAAAAUAAUGAAGCUGUAAUUUACAUGGAGCCAGAGAAGCAGGUUAUGUCCCGUUCAGCAGAUGAAUGUGUGGUUGCAUUAUGUGACCAAUGGUACCUGGAUUACGGGGAAGAGAAAUGGAAGAAACAAACUUCAAAAUGCUUGAAGAACUUGGAAACAUUCUGUGAAGAGACCCGAAAGAACUUUGAAGCCACUCUGGGCUGGCUACAGGAACAUGCCUGCUCCAGGACAUAUGGCUUGGGUUCUCGCUUGCCUUGGGAUGAGCAAUGGUUAAUUGAGUCGCUAUCUGACUCCACCAUUUAUAUGGCCUACUACACGGUUUGUCACCUUCUGCAGGGAAAUGAUCUUAGUGGAAAAGCAGACUCUCCCAUUGGUAUCCGGCCAGAACAACUGACCAAGGAUGUGUGGGACUACAUCUUUUUCAAGAAGGUCCCGUUUCCAAAAACAACCAUCCCUAAGGAGAAGCUGGACUUAUUAAAGAAAGAGUUUGAGUUUUGGUAUCCAGUAGAUCUGAGAGUGUCUGGAAAAGAUCUUGUGCCAAAUCACUUGUCCUAUUUCCUUUACAACCACGUGGCUAUGUGGCCUGAAGAUAGUGGAAAAUGGCCAGUGGCUGUCAGAGCAAAUGGACACUUGUUGCUGAACUCAGAAAAGAUGUCCAAGUCAACUGGAAACUUCCUUACACUGACUGAUGCUGUUGACAAGUUUUCGGCAGACGGCAUGCGACUUGCCCUGGCUGAUGCUGGUGAUACCGUAGAAGAUGCCAACUUCGUGGAAGCCAUGGCUGAUGCAGGCAUUCUUCGUUUGUACACUUGGGUUGAAUGGGUUAAAGAAAUGCUGGCCAACUUUGACAACCUGAGAAGUGGCACCAACCAUACAUAUAAUGACCGGGUAUUUGAAAGUGAGAUGAAUGCUGGAAUCCUGAAAACUGAACAGAAUUAUGAGAAAAUGAUGUUCAAGGAAGCCUUGAAAACUGGAUUCUUUGAGUUCCAGGCUGCAAAAGAUAAAUACAGAGAACUUGCAAUUGAAGGCAUGCACCAAGCCUUGGUUUUCCGCUUUAUUGAAAUCCAGACAUUGCUCCUGGCUCCUAUUUGUCCGCACUUGUGUGAAUACGUGUGGUCUCUACUAGGAAAGCCUGGUUCUCUUAUGCAUGCCACCUGGCCAGUCGCAGGCCCAACAGAUGAAGUCCUGAUCCGCUCCUCACAAUACCUUUCAGAAACUGCUCAUGAUCUUCGGCUACGACUCAAAAAUUACAUGGCUCCAGCCAAGGGAAAGAAAGGGGAUAAACUACGACCUCAGAAGCCAUCACACUGCACCAUCUAUGUGGCAAAGACCUAUCCACCAUGGCAACACAUCACUUUAUCAACACUUCGCAAGCAUUAUGAGGCAAAUGGUGGCCACCUACCAGAUAACAAAGUCAUAGCAACUGAACUGAAUGGUUUACCGGAGCUGAAGAAAUACAUGAAGCGAGUCAUGCCAUUUGUUGCAAUGAUAAAGGAAAAUCUAGAAAAGAAAGGACUUCGCGUUCUGGACCUUGAGCUGGAAUUUGAUGAGCGGGCUGUUCUCCUGGAGAACCUGGUCUAUCUCACCAACUCCCUUGAUUUGGAUCAGAUAGAUGUCAAAUUUGCAUCAGAUGCUGAUGAAAAAAUUAAGGAAGAAUGUUGCCCCGGGAAACCGUUCUCUGUGUUUAGAACAGAGCCUGGAGUGCCUGUGUUCCUGGUAAACCCACAGCCAUCAAACGGUCACUUCUCCACGAAGAUUGAGAUCCGGCAAGGAGACAGCAGAGAUUCCGUAAUAAGACGCUUAAUGAAGACUGAUCGUGGGAUCAAAGAUGUUAUAAAGGUGAAACUGAUGCGAUAUGAUGACCCAGUUUUGGGACCACGGCGAGUUCCAGUUCUCGGAAAAGAAGAUUUUGGUAAAACCGUGAUCUCUCAGCAAGCUUCCUUCCACAUUGACCUUAAUGAGAAGAAAGUGCAUAUUGCUGACAAUGGCCUGAAGAUAGACAUUGGCAAUACCUUGGUGUAUAUGGUGAAUUAAUUGGAGGCCUGAAGAACCUGUGGACCGCAGCUCCUGGAUAAAGGCCCAGUCAUGGCUUGUAGACUCCUGUUCCUAUGUACUUGUUUCUCACACAUUAUCUUAGUAUACAUGUUUGCACUGUAUGUUGUACAGUAUUUAUAACCACCACUACAUGGCCACAGGUCAGCUGUGAAGUCAAGGAUGUAGCAUACAGGAAAUCUACCCAGAAGCAUUGUGGGAUCUUCCUGUCCUUUUUGACAAAACUGAGGAUGUUUGCACACAGCAAUUUUAUUAUAGGGACAGUGCAGCAGAGGCGGCAUCACUCGUAUAGCUUCGGCCUUCCACAUUCUAUUGUUUCCAUAAAAAGACAGACUGGUCAAAGGUAGCUUUUCUGCUUGGACAGCAAUUUCUGGAUAUUUUAAACCAUGUGCAGAUCUUUUUCCCAUCUUACGUAUUGGACUGUGUAGGUCAUUGAAUAUUUAAAAUAAAACCAUCUCUUCUAUUAA